AUGCUGCCCAUCUCGAUCCAGCCUGCAGCCGCGCUCAAAGCCUUUCUCGAGCAGGAGUUCGAGAACAAGGUGGAGAUCACCGAACUCCCGGAUGCCUGUGGGACGGGCGCCUUCGAGGUGAAGGCUGGCGACAAGCUGAUCCACAGCAAGCUCACCAUGGGUCAUGGGAAGUGCACCAGCGACGAGGAGCUUGACGCCAUCCUCGAAGAACUCCACAAGAUCAUCGGAUGA